CAACAAGUGGCUGGCCCCUCACACGCCAGCCUAAGCAAGAUACCUAGUACAUAGAGAGAUAUAGCCACUUGUAGCAGCAAUUGAAGCUCAGAAAUUUGCAUCCAGGUGCCCUCAGGAUCUCAGACUCCAAGAUCGACAUCCUCUGCGCCACAGCCGACCUCUGACGGAGGUUGACGGAGGCUGAAAGAUUGCUCCGGUCAGAGGAGAAUUGCUGGGAACUGGAAGCUCCUGAGACUGCCAAUUCAGGCGAGGUCGCUUCUCCUUCGCUCGACUUUUUUUCUGCCCCGACUCUCCUAACCUCGCUAUUCACCGGAGCAGUACUUUAGUUCCCCGUUCCCCUCCAACCGUUGGCAGCUUUCCUCCCUCUCCAUCCAACAACAACAACUUUUCCCCCAUCAAUUGUGUUGUGCGUCUGCCAUUCACACAAACUUACCAAAGUUUCGAUAUCCUCUUCACAAACCUCACAACAAUCCACCAACCCCACUACACUAUCACAAUGGAUUCCUACGGUUCCCAAGGACGUGCCUGCUUCACCUGCGGGCAGACCACUCAUCAGGCCCGCGACUGCCCCAACAAGGGUGCCGCCAAGUGCUAUAACUGUGGCAUUGAGGGCCACAUGAGCCGUGACUGCCCCGAGGGUCCCAAGGACACCAAGACCUGCUACCGCUGCGGCCAGGCCGGCCAUAUCUCUCGCGACUGCCCCACCAGUGGUGACCAGGGUCCACGCCAGGGUGGUGGUGGUGGCAGCUCUGCUGAGUGCUACAAGUGCGGCGAGGUCGGCCAUAUUGCCCGCAACUGCCAGAAGGGCGGCAACUCCUAUGGUGGUGGCUACAACUCCGGCUAUGGUGGCAACUUCAACCAGAAGACCUGCUACUCUUGCGGCGGUAUGGGUCAUCUGUCCCGUGACUGCGUCAACGGCAACAAGUGCUAUAACUGUGGCGUUUCCGGCCAUCUCUCCCGCGAGUGCCCCAAGGAGUCUACUGGUGGCGAGAAGAUCUGCUACAAGUGCCAGCAGUCUGGCCACGUCCAGUCCCAGUGCCCCAACAGCGCUUAAGUUGCGGGUGUAGCAGAGACGGAGCGAUAGCAUUUUUCUUCUCACCCUGUUCUUUCAGCCACUUUCAGCCUUUGCAUUUUGCUAUUUUCGUCAGGAUGAGGGUAGAAUGGAAACAAGUGGAGUUGUAGGGAGGGGGGAGGUAGCUCGGAGGUAGUUUGACGGCAGGGACCGGUGUGCGGUCGGUCCAGGUGAAGUGCUUGGUGUUCGCACAUCAGCGCUUCGACGGUGCAUUGCUGGUAUCUCAGAGGCAAUCUGGAUAUCGCUCCGCUUGGCAUUUCCACGACCUGAUUGCACGCAAUCUAGGUCGGGACAAAGAUUCCCCAAAUUUUCCUUUUUUUCCUUUACUUGUUUUUACUAUCGCAAAAAGUUACCCAUUCGCAACUUGUCAUGACACGACGAUCAUACGGACUUUUACCAGGGCAAACACGGAAAAGUUUUGCACAACCAUAUUGGCGUUUGGGACAGGCAGGACUAUCUCCAAAUGGGAUUCCGAGUCUUGCUCACGAAGGUAGCAGCAGAGAAGAGAUCAACCAAGUCGCGGAUCUGGGUUCUGGGUUUUUAUGGCAAAAACGGUUUUAUGACUACUAGAUCAUGGAUCGGGACUGGAAAAGGAUUCAUGAGAAGGGUCCAUAGAAAUGACAACUGGUCUGGUUCACAACAGUCGUGGUUCUCGUGCCAUGUGUGUGUAGUGUUGAAUAUUCGUUUAGAGUUGUGAUAUGUUCACCUGGCCUGAGGAAAGACAUCACAAGCAAGUCAAGAAUCAGAAAAGUCAAUGGAGAUCUUGAAAUUCAAGCCUCUUGAGGGCCCUUCUGUAUUUCGUUCUUACACCUCUAAUCUGUGCUAUUCCAAAACAGAUAACAAAAAAUAUGUUUACCUCUUCCUAUCCCUCAUUACAUCGGCCCCAUGUCCUUGACUAGGUAUUCAAUCCUUUUCCAACCAUUUUUUUUUCUAUUUUGGUUUUCUUUUCUUGCUUUCUGUCUCGCCACAAUUUACAAGACAGCCUUGGGCAUAAACUUCAUAGCCUGCCUGACACCCAAAUCACCAAGAACCUCCUCGGCACCGCCCAGGAUGGAGUCAAACUUGUACGUCCUGUUGAAGUUCUCAAUCACGCGGCCCAUGCCGGUCUGGGUCAAACCGCGACCACCCCAGAUCUGGACGGCCUCGUCGGCGAUCUCGUGGGCGGCGCGGGUGCAAGACAUCUUGAGGAGGGCAAUGGGGCCGCCCAUGUGCUUGGCUUGUUGGGAGUAGGACAUGUUGC